UUGGUAUUGUUGACGUUUAGGAUUAGGGUUUAUUUGUUUAGCUAGACUCUGUGUGUUUUAUGUCUUGUGAAAUUACGGAGGUUAGAUUGUAGUUUACGGUGCACUUUCAGCUUCUCAGAAAAUAACACGCGUAUAGGUUGUAUUCCGCUCUGGAAACGAUGAAAUAGUCAGUUACGGCACGUGUGACAGAUUGAUAAAAUGGGUGAGGUGGAAGAAGUUCAAGGUCGCAAGGAUGUAAUGCUUGAGAGGGAUGCUUCAGUUGAAGAUUCAGAACAGCUGAAGCCAGUGGUGGUGCAUAUACCACGGGUUGCUGCACGUACAAUUACUGGCCCUGCCAACUUGCAGAACCAAGAUGCCAUAGACUGGGGGCAUCAUGGGUUGUUGGCAUAUGGCUCAAACUACACAAUAGUGGUGAUUGACACUAAAAAUGUUCAGCCAAUACAGUGUCUUGAUAAACACAAGUCUAUGGUGAACAAGGUUUUGUGGGAAAGAAGUAAUCGAAACAAAGCUGCAAAUGAGCCAUCAUCACUGCACUUGGUGUCAUCUGAUACAACUGGUCAUAUAAUUGUAUGGGAUGUUGUGACAGGAAAUCCAAAGGCAGUAUUGCAGGAAGGAAAUAAACCCAUACUGGACAUGGAAUGGGUAUCAGGCUUUGAUGGUGGAGAACAUAUGCUUGCUGCUCUCCAUCCUCCGUACUCACUGGUUAUUUGGGACACCAAGAACAAGAUAAAGCUAUGGAAGAAGACAUAUACAGAGACACUUGUGAGCUUCAACUUUGAUCCUUUUGCACCUUCAAAACUUGCAUUUCUCUGCAGUGAUUGUAUCCUUUUUGUGGAUGACUUCAUACUCAGUAAGGUCCCAUCCUCAAAUGGCCGCAAGUUUUACAUUUCAAGUCCACGGUCAAAUCUGUCUGCCAGUUCUGCCCGUGGCAGUGUCUCAAAUUUGACCUCUGUUGGGCUGGAAGAGAAACAGCGUACCAGGGACCGUCUUCGGAGACUGAUGAAAGAUCUUGUGGUUGGAGAGACAAAACCAAAGCCAGAUGACUACAUGACAGUUAGUGAGUGUCUUCAGUUGGAAUACCAUCGUUCCCUUAGACAUCACCUUCUGCUUGUGUAUGCUCGAGAAGUCUUGAUAUUGGAUCUUCAUAUCAACCAAACAGUUGGAAUCAUUCCAUUGGACAAAACUGCAUCACCUCUGUUACAGGUGAAAUCUGUCCGUCAGCGUGAAGUCUUGUAUUGCCUUCAUGAAUCUGGCAGUGUAAGCGCUAAAUUCCGGCGCAGGCAGCUAGCAUUUGUUGGUUCUCCACUAGAUGCCUCUGUAGGCAGUGUUUGUAGUUUAGAUAUGGGUUCAGUCACUGCAGAUGUGUUUGUGGAAAUGGGUUAUGAACAGCGCUGUCAGAGUGAGGUUGUACGACAGACAAAGGGCCUGAAGGUACUUGGCAUGGCUGUCAAUCCUGUUUGUGAGAGGAGGAUAGCUCUGUUCAUGAACACUGGAAAGGUUGUAUUCCUGGAAAUGCGCCCAGCCUGUACAGAAGUACCAUUCUCUCUUGUGGCUAGCCCUGGUAUGUUAUCAAAUCUGUUGGUAGACUGUGCCAAUAAAAUGAGCAAUUGUGCCCAACGCAAAGAAACCCUCAGAGAGCUAGUGGGACCACUUAUGAAUGAUUGUGGUGUUCCUGUACCACCAUUGCGGCUGCUUGUGACGGGGAUGCUGACUGGAGCCGCCUCACCAUUCACAGUGAUACGCAUGUGCCCUCCUCUAACAACUCGUAACUGGCAGCAGUAUACCCCCCUUUUGGCUGCUGGAACUACCACUGGUAUCAUACAGAUCUUCAAUAUGGCGACUGGAACAGUGGACAAGGAACUUAGUGUUCAUUCAUACACUGUCAGGGGAAUAGAGUGGGCAAAUCUAACAAAUUUCCUGUCAUUUGCUUACCCAAAUGUGAGCAGCACACAGGGACAAGUCCGCAAUGAACUGUUUCUCACUGAUACACUAACUGGCAACUCCUUGCCCUUGCGAACAGAUAAGGGUGAUGAACCACCCAUAAGUAUGGUACGAGUGUCUCCUCUGAAGCAAUACUUUGUUGUAAUAAUGAAAGAUGGGCCAUUUGAGCUGUGGGAUCUUCGAAACAUAUGUAUACUGCGGACCAUGCCCAAGAAGUUUCCUUUUGUCACCGCUCUGGAAUGGUCUCCAAUCCACAACCUUAAGUCCUUGAAGAAGAAAUUGGCUUCAGUGGAAGAGAAGGAGCAGACUGAACCUACGACUUUGGCGAUCAGUGCUCCUGGUGGUGAGCUUGGUAGAGGAGAAAACACUGAUAAACAAUUGGUUGCCAGGGAACAUUUUGUAUUCAGUGAUUCAGAAAGUCGGCUUUAUCAUUUUUCUGUCGAAGGAAACGUUGUUCGUGAUGGCAUCAAAAUGCCACCUGAGUCUGGGUUUGGAACAGUCACAUGUAUAGCAUUUAAAAAUGAUCAGAUUGUACAAGGUGAUGUGAAUGGGAUGCUAAACAUUUGGGACUUGAAGGCCCACACUUCCAAGAAUAUACACACAGGUUGUGGAUGGAUCAAGAAGAUGCGAUUUGCUCCAGGAAAAGGAAAUCUCAAGCUCCUUAUUCUCUACAGUGAUGGUGUUGACGUUGUUGACUUGAAGGAGGUGAAGAAGCAAUAUGAAAGAAUCUCACAGCUGAAAUGUCCCAAAGAUAUGGUUAAAGUUUUAGACAUAGACUGGGCUGCAUCAGACAAACCAGUGUUGGCCACUCAGGAUGGGUGUCUGAGGAUAAUGGACAUGACUCUGUCUACAAGUUAUUCUCCACUCAUGGAUUAUGAACUUCAAGAUCCGGUGUUCUGCCCAUCUUUGUUACCCGCUAAUCUUAAGCUGCUGCUGUCUACGCAGUUCUGGCAGGACACAUACUCACUGGAUUUUUCUACUGAAGAUGGCUUCUCAGAGCAGGAGCUGCAAGUCAUGAAAGAACAGCUGGAUCUGAUGGAUGAAGAGAAACUUGAGUACCUGCGGCUGUGUCCAUUGGGUACAGCUGAGCGAAGUUUGGUAGUUGCACAGCUGUUUGGUGAGGAGGCUGAGGUGGACUUUUGGACAGUGGCACUUUACUAUCUGCAAGUUUCUAAGUUGGAGACUAGGAACAGCAAAGCAGUGUUUGUGGACCAAGCAGCAGCAGCAGAUGACUUUCAAAAUACAGGCUUACCAUCAGUGCUUGACACAAAAAGGAUUAACAGAUACCCCCACCUUCAACCUCUGGAUGCAUGCUAUGAUAUUCUGUGUGAUCCAUACACUUACCAGAGACUGCAGCUGGAACGAGUAAAUCUACAUGAGAGCAAACGAGGGGACUACCAACAUACCAAGAAGGUGAUAGAACAGCUGCUUCUUUUAGGAGAGAUGGACCGUGCUGUGCAGUUGCUGCUGGAGACAGAAAUAGAGAAUUCUAGCUACUACACUGAUGCCAUCAAGGCAUGUUUGAUUGCAACAAUCCAGUCAACAGGAGCAGCACAAAGCACUAUCAAGUUAGUGGCAACAAACCUUAUUGCCAACGGAAAUAUCUCAGAGGGCGUGCAACUGCUGUGUUUAAUUGGAAAGGGUCUAGAUGCUUGUCGCUAUUUGCUUUCCUACAGCCAAUGGGAAUCAGCUGUAUGGUUGGCAAAGUCAGUAUUGCCAACCCAUGAAACCAAUGAGGUGAUGCGCAAGUGGGCUGAUCAUCUGUGGGUGAGUGGGCAGAAGAACAAAGCAUUACUGGUAUUGCUGUCAAUGUGCCAGUUUUUGCGUGUGUUGGAGCUCCUUGGGUCUCAAAAGCUGCAUGCCCAAGCUGGACUCCUGUUGCAAGCUUGUCAGGAGUACGAGAUAAUAUCACCUGAAGCUCGCUUACAAGAGCCACUGCUGAUUGCUGUCGACCUUGAUUUUGCUCGACAUUUGUUCUCCAUUGGAAACCACCAGGCAGCCUUGAAACUGAGUGAGAAGCUUGGAGUACCUGGGCAGCAAUUGCAUAAGGAGUUUCAGUUUCUUUCUGAAGAGAGACGGUAAUCACUUGUACAACUAUGGACAGCUUCACUGAAUUACAUUACAUGAAAAACAGUGAGUCUCAAGUCAUUAAAUUUGUAUAGCAUAACAGUAUGUUAAUGCUCAGGUUCUGUCCACAUGGUCUAAAUUUUUGUUUCCUUUUAAAUUUAAACAAUACAGUACAACCUCUAUUUUACAUUUAGCACCACAUUGCCAAACACAGUUGUAAUAUUAAGGAAUAUGUAAAGAUAAGGAUGUAGUUUUUAAGUGCAGAAUAAAUUCUGUAUUUUUCAUUAUGACAAAUUGUACAUGGGUAUGUUAUUACAGAUAUGAUUAUAUAAAUACAAUACAGAAACUUGGUACAGAACCAGUAUUAUUGUAAAAUGUUUUGCAGUAAAUAAAUGCCUUCUUCAUCUGUUA